ACGCACGAUCCUCCCUGCUGCUGACGUCACAAGCUCAGCUCUCUCCAGCAGUACGCGCCUCUCUAUCACUGCUGAGGUUCGCGAGCGCGGAGGAGGAGCUGUCAAAGUUUACAGCCAAGUCGGGCGAGUUUUCCCAAGAAGACGAGAAGGCAAGAUAUCUGAACAUUUAGAAACCCUUGAAAGAAGAGCCCUUCUAACUAUGGAGUGAAGUCUGAGAGGUUUUAAACACAAGAAAUGGCAGGACCAACUGAGAUCGGAUUGUUUUUUACCUUACUGCUCUCAUGGAGCUUCUGUGCGACGCCGGAAAAGAAAGUAUGUCAGGGAGCGAACAACAAACUGGCUCUUCUGGGAACAGUGGAUGACCAUUAUCAGAUUUUAGUAAAAAUGUACAGCAACUGCACCGUCGUUCUGGAAAACCUGGAAAUCACAUAUAUGACAGAAAAACACGACUUGUCUUUUCUCAGGAGCAUCCAAGAAGUUAGUGGCUAUGUUCUUAUUGCGAUCAACUCGGUCACCAGCAUCCCCCUCGAGAAUCUGCGCAUUAUUCGUGGCCAUUCUCUUUAUGAAGAUGAAUAUGCUUUGGCUGUCCUCCUGAACUCAAACAUCAGCAUCGGACAAGGCGUGAAACAGUUACCACUGACUAGCUUAACUGAAAUACUGAAGGGCGGAAUCAAAUUUGUCAGUAACAGUCAUUUAUGUAACGUGGAGACCAUCCAGUGGACUGACAUUCUGAACAUGAAGAGCCUGCCUAAAAUCACAUUGCCAGAAACAAACUCAGAAAAACACUGUGAGAAGUGUGAUCCGAGCUGUCACAAUGGUUCCUGUUGGGGCCCUGGCCCCCAAAACUGCCAAAAAAUGACUAAGGUGAUCUGUGCGGAGCAGUGCUCGGGGAGGUGCAAGGGGCCCAAACCCAUUGACUGCUGUAAUGAACAUUGCGCUGCUGGCUGCACUGGACCCAAACCAACCGACUGCCUGGCCUGUAAGGACUUCCAGGAUGAGGGGACAUGUAAGGACGCAUGUCCACGGCUCAUGCGCUAUGACCCCAACACCCACCAGCUCGCUCCCAACCCUGACGGGAAGUACAGUUUUGGACCAACGUGCAUCAAGAUAUGCCCACACAACUAUGUCGUGACAGACCAUGGGGCAUGUGUAAGAACAUGCAGCCCUGGCACAUAUGAGGUAGAUGAGGGUGGAGUUCGGAAAUGUAAGAAGUGUGAUGGCCUGUGUCCAAAAGUUUGCAGUGGGCUGGGAAUGGGGCCUCUGGCCAAUGUCCUUUCAAUCAAUGCCAGCAACAUUGAUUCCUUUGAGAACUGCACAAAAAUCAGCGGAGGUGUUGCAAUUCUCACCACCACAUUUAAGGGUGACCAGCAUACUAAAACUCCAGGACUGGACCCGGCCAAACUCAGCGUAUUCAAAACUGUAAAAGAAAUCACUGGCUACCUGGUGAUUCAGCAGUGGCCGAAAGACAUGCCAUCCCUCAGUGCCUUUGAAAACCUUGAGGUCAUCCGUGGACGUACAAAACAGCAAGGUGCAUUCAGCUUUGCAGUCACCCAAACUGAAAUCACACAUUUCGGCCUGCGUUCUCUGAGGGAGAUCAGUGACGGUGACGUGGUCGUCUCUCAGAAUAGGCAUCUCUGCUACACCAGCCUUGACCACUGGAAACGCUUCUUCAAAUCUCAACAGCAGACUGCCAAAAUGUUAGGAAAUGCUGAUGCUGCCAUCUGCGCAAAUCAAAACCGCACAUGUGAUGAGAUGUGCACAAGUGAUGGCUGCUGGGGUCCUGGUCCCACUAUGUGCUUCAUCUGUAAGCAUUACGCCCGUAAAAAAUACUGUGUGGCUUCCUGCAACCUGCUGGCUGGUGAGCCACGUGAGUAUGAGGUCAAUAAAACAUGUGUCGAAUGCGACCCUGAAUGUCUGCUCAUGAAUGAAACCCUGACCUGCACCGGCCCUGGACCCGACAAAUGUACAGUUUGUGCAAACUACAAAGAUGGACCACACUGUGUAACACGCUGCCCACAAGGCAUACCGGGAGAGAAAGACAUACUCAUUUGGAAAUAUGCUGACGCCAUGCGAGUGUGCCAGCCCUGUCAUGAGAACUGCACCCAGGGAUGUACUGGACCUGAUCUGAAAGACUGCAAAGAUUUCAAAGGUUCGGGUUUGCCCAUGAUUGCUGCUGGUGUAGUUGGAGGUCUGCUGGCGUUUGUUAUCCUGGGUCUUGGUGUUGCUGUUGUACUGCGCAGGCGGCACAUCAAGAGGAAGAGAACACUACGACGACUCCUGCAAGAAAGAGAGCUAGUGGAGCCUCUGACCCCCAGCGGUGAAGCCCCCAACCAGGCCUUGCUGCGCAUCCUCAAAGAGACGGAGUUUAAGAAGAUCAAAGUGCUUGGGUCUGGAGCUUUUGGCACUGUGUAUAAGGGCUUGUGGGUUCCAGAGGGAGAGAGUGUGAAGAUUCCUGUCGCCAUUAAGGUCUUACGAGAAGCAACGUCUCCCAAAGCAAACAAAGAGAUCCUGGAUGAGGCCUAUGUGAUGGCGAGCGUUGAGCAUCCUCAUGUGUGUCGUCUGCUCGGCAUCUGCUUGACCUCCACCGUCCAACUUAUCACCCAGUUGAUGCCUUACGGCUGUUUGCUGGACUACGUCAGAGAAAAUAAGGACAACAUUGGCUCACAACACCUGCUUAACUGGUGUGUGCAGAUUGCUAAGGGAAUGAAUUACCUAGAAGAGCGCCAUCUCGUGCACAGAGACUUGGCAGCUCGUAAUGUGCUGGUGAAGACCCCUCAGCAUGUGAAGAUCACUGAUUUUGGCCUGGCCAAGCUGUUGAGCGCCGAUGAGAAGGAGUAUCACGCAGAUGGUGGAAAGGUGCCAAUAAAAUGGAUGGCGCUGGAAUCCAUCCUGCACAGGACAUACACCCACCAGAGUGACGUCUGGAGUUAUGGUGUGACAGUCUGGGAACUGAUGACAUUUGGAACAAAGCCCUAUGAUGGGAUUCCUGCAAGUGAAAUUGCUGAAGUUCUAGAGAAAGGAGAAAGACUUCCUCAGCCUCCUAUCUGCACCAUUGAUGUGUACAUGAUCAUGGUCAAGUGUUGGAUGAUCGAUGCAGAGAGCAGACCUCGCUUCAGGGAGCUCAUUGCUGAGUUUACUAAAAUGGCACGUGACCCACCCCGCUAUCUCGUCAUUCAAGGUGAUGAUCGGAUGCAUUUACCCAGUCCUUCUGACUCCAAGUUCUACCGCAGUCUGACGAGUGGAGAGCUGGAUGAAGCUGUGGAUGCAGACGAGUAUUUAGUGCCCAAUCACAGCUUCUUUAGCAGCCCCAGCACGUCCCGCACACAGCUGCUGCAUUCUGUGAGUCUCAACAGCAGCAUUGGAAACUGUCAUGGCAGAAACGGGAAUGGUUUCCCAGGAAGGGAGAACAGCUUGGUUCUGCGUUACAUUCCAGACCCGACAGAACGCUUUCACGAGGCAGACUUUCAGCCCGCUCCAGGUUGGAAUGAAUAUAUCAACCAGAAUGAAUCACUGAUGUCCAGCAUGACCAACCCAAUAUACCAACACCCCGGACCCCCUCGCACACUUCCGCACUCUUCAUCAGCACUGGACGAAACUGAGGAAGAGUACCUGAACUGUUUUAAGAGCCCCGCCACUCCUGCUGCCGCCCCACCCGAGUAUCUGAACACGUCCCACACGCGGCUCCUCUCCAGCCAGCCGUUCUUCAGCGUACAGGGCUUCAACCCCCAGAACAGCAUGGACAACCCAGACUACCAGCAGGACUUCUGCCCCCUGGAGCUCAAAACACACACCAACGGCCACUUGCCGGCUGCGGAAAACGCAGAAUACAUGGGCCUGGAAGUGCACUAGCACAUUACGGAGAAGAGCAACUGUUAAAAUGAGCCACUUUGUAGUAGAUAAAGAUGAAAGGACAUCUAUUUAUAGUGGAUACGCAGGCAAACAUUUUGCCGAGUUGUCAGACACGUAUGCCUGCCGUCAAGGACAGAACAAGCUUUUCAUAAACUGGGCUACCUUUCAAAUAUGCUUGUUUUGUUCUCAGCUAGAGUAUCUAGGUUGGAUCGAACAACUGUGGCUCUCUUCAAAUGUCGCAAGUGACUAUGAAUGACAAUAGGAUAUGAAUCCCAUGUCGACGCCAGUACGAUCAUGCUGGUGUAUUGAAAUGGCAUAUCAUGAAACAAGCUUGUUGACACACAUGUAAAGACUGCUUUUAAGUAAUCUGGUUUCAGUCAAAGUAAUGAUGUUUUAAAUGAGCAAGCAAAUUACACCAUUGUACUGUGCCCAGUAGUGUCUGUAAUUAUAAAACUUAGUUUUAAAGAUAGAGUUGCACCAAAAAGUAUUUGAACACUUGAGUCACAUUAAAAAAUGUGGAAUUUCAUUGCUUCAGAUGCAAAAUAUUAAACUAAGUGACAUCUGCCAACAACAACAACAACAAAAAGUGUUAAUAAGCAUGUUCCACAAAGUUUUUUGUCUUCAUUUUGAAUAACACACACUAUCUUUCAAAAGUUUGGAGCCGGUAAGAUAUUUUUCAAAAAAAUUAAUAAUUUUAGUCAGCAAAGAUUACAUUGAUCAAAAAUGACAGUUAUGACUGUAACAUAGUUACAAAAAAAGUACAUUUUAAAUAAAUGUUCUUUUGAACUUUCAAUAAAGAAUCCUGUCAAAGUUCCCACAAAAAUAUUAUGCAGCAAAAACAGUUUUCAACACUGAAAAGACAUAAUAAGAAAUGUUCGAUCACCAAAUCAACAUAUUAGAAUGAUUUCUGAAGGAUUAUGUAACACUGAAGUAAUGGCUGCUGAAGGAAUGAAUUACAUUACAAAACAGUUAUUUGAAAUUCUAACAAUAUUUUACAAUAUUAAAUCAAAUAAAUGCAGCCUUGGUGAGCCUUAUUUCAAAAACACUGAACAAAUAUUAGACCCCAAACAUUUGAAAAGUGUAUCUACUGCUACUAUAUUAAAAACUUGACUAAGAUGUGUUUGUUAUAUGUUUUUGUACAUUAAAUGCCCUUUGUUUUAUUUGUGAUAUUGUAUUGGCUAAUGAUAAGCCAUUUGUACAUUUUUUUAAUAGUGGCUCGAGUGUCCAGAUACUUUUCAGGAAUACUAUGUACCUUAAGCUGAACUCAGAGGUUGUUUAAUUCCUCUCUGCUGUGAAUGAAAGUCAAAUUUGAGUUACAUUUUGAGAUUUAACUACUAUGUUUUUGCUGGAAAUGUUGGCUGUGUGGACAGGGCUGUGACUAUGAUCAAUAUAUGAAUAGAUUCAGCUUCAUCCAAAGGCCAACAUAUGACUGGUACUUGUACAGAACUGUAAUAUAUGGCUGACAUUUGUAUUAUUGUAUCUAACAGAAUAUUUUAUCCUGUCAUAAAAAACACAUAUGGGGUCACUCAUAUAUUCCAGUUUCUGUUUGUCCGUUCAUGUAUUUUCACCCUCCUGUAUCUUGCUUGACUUUUGUAAUAGUAACUCAAUCAAUCUGACACAUAUCUCCCAGACAGAACAUAUCUUGAUCUCUGUGUUGCACAAAACAAAGUAAUGUGCUUGGAUAUCUUAAACUGACUAGCCUUUUUGCUUUGAUCAUUCCUUUGAAAAUUUGCAGUUGCUCUUAAAAUAUGGUGACAAUGCUCUUUCUUGUCUUUUGUUAUAUAUUCAAUAAAGAUUUGUUUUAUAAGA